AUGGCAAACGCUCGCGCCAUCCUCAACGUCUUCUCCACCAAGACGCGUCACACCAUUGACAUCUCGUAUGGUGACCCCGUCGGACCCCCACACAUGCCCACUUUCGAGUGCACGGUGAGUGUUGGGUCCUUGGUCUCCUGUUCGGCGCGUGGCGGUGGCAAGAAGACAGCCAUGCAGGAUGCAUGCAAGCAAGCCGUGGAAGCACUCAAAGCGCAAGGCUACAUGCGUCCUGAUGGAGAGGUCGGGGAUGUGCCACCCCCUGGUGCACCCGGCAUGUCGAGGCCACCUGCUCAGCCGCCACCAGCAUCACACCAACAGCCGCCGCCGCCGCAUGGUCAGCCUCCAUACCCGCACCACCAGCCACCGCAUCAGCCCCCAUACGACCCGCACUACCAAGCCUACCCCCAGUAUCCGUCAUCCUACCCGUACCCACCCCCGCACUAUCCCGGGCAACCGCCACCACCACCGCCACCAUCCUCUACGUACCCUGACUACUACUACCAACAGCAACACUAUCACCAUCCACCACCACCCCCGCCACCAACCUCGGAGCGGCCUGCGCGCGGGCCGGACGCCCACACACGUGAGCAGCACGACCCGCACAGGCGUGGCCGUGGCCGCAGCUCCCAUGCUGAUGUCCCAUACCACCACCAGCAGCAGCAGCAGCAGCAGCAGCAGCACGAGUACCCGCAACGCGAGCACCCGCAGCAGGAGGAGCAGCACCACCCGCGCCAUCAGGAACCACGGACACCAAUGGCAGGUCCCGCCUCCACCCCAUCUUCUCAACAUGACCCAUAUUUCCAUGAGCAGCAGCAGCAGCAACCACCAGCGCCCCGCGGGCGAUUCGCACAGCAGCAACAACAGCAGAUGCAGCCUGUCCGCGGCCGUGGCCCACGCAUGCCGCCACCCCACGUCCAACAACCACCCCACCUCCAACAACCACCACACCUUCAACAACCACCACAUCUCCGCCACCAGCAACAACACCAGCAGCAGCAGCAGCGCGUACCUCCACCAGCCUCUUCGUCUACUCCGCACCACGCCGAGUAUGCAGCACACCGCCCGCCCUAUGGUGCAGCGACACACGACCGCUCCCAGCGCGCGAAGGAAGAGCAAGAAGUGAGAGACGCUCACGCUCACGCUCACGCUCGUCCGCAGCCCACACGCGGCCGCGGGCCCCAGGGGCGCAUGCACGACUACAGCCCAGCAGUGAAGCAGGAGCAGCAGUUGUCACCCAUGCACAGAGACGCUGGUCGUGGUCGUGGUCGUGGUCGCGCCAUGCAACUUGGCCGGGACGACUACGGCGACGACGACGACGACGAUGGUGAUGGCGGCGCUGGUGACAAUGAUGGAGACGGACGUGGUGCUAUACGUGGCGAUGUUGACGACCGCCCGCCGGCCAGCAAGGAGCCGCGCGGCGCUGCCAGCACACGUAGCGGAUACAGCCCUUACGGCUACGCACGUGGCCAGGCAGAGCCGGCAACAGCAGCAACAACGUCGUCGUCGUCGCCACCAACAGCAUCUUGGACCGGCGGAGCGACAACGCCGCGCGCGCCUUCCCGUCACUCGAUGGAUACGGGCGACUCAAACGCUGGCAGCAUGCCCACCACCCCGCACACGGCGCCCCGUGCCAGGACAACAUCGCCACCGCCGCUGCCACACGACGUUUACGACAUUGCGCAGACGAAGCCGAUGGAGCCGCUGUCCGCACGAACGACAGCAACGACAGCGACGACGCCUUCCACAAUGACGGCGACGGGCGCGAGGGGCUCCCCCGCCUCCAUUGCCAGCGGCCCACACCGCGGCCCGGCAACAGCUGCUCAUCAUGACGGGGAUGGUGAUGGUGAUGGUGACGGUAACGGUGACGGUGGACGGGGACGUGGCAGGGAUGCGUUCCAGCACGACCGCCACCGCGUCAAACACGAGCCGGGUGCCGAGAGCGAGCAGCCAUACCAGCACGAGUACCAGCCAUACUACCCCGGGUACAGCCACAAUCCACACCAGCAACAGCAGCACCAACCUCCACCACCUCCGCCACAUGCGCAGGAGCAGCAGCAGCAGCAGCCAUAUGACCCUUACUACGGGUACGCACAGCAUCAUGGAGACUAUAGUGGCCCCGGUGGCCCACCGCCGCCGCCGCCACCACAUGCGUCUGCUGCCUCUUCUUCGGCGUACCCCUACCCGCAACCUCCCCACUACGACCCCUACUACCCAUACCCGCCUCAACACCAGCAGCAGCAGCAGCAGCAGCAGCAGCAGCAGCCAUACCAACAGCCCUACACCGGGUACCCAGGUGGGCCAGGUUCCCACCAACAUCCACAGCAGCACAUGCAGCCCCCACCGCCGCCACCACCACAGCACUUCCACCCCCCGCCGCCGCCUGAUGAGUUUGGGCCGGAGUGUCGGUUUGAGCUGUACCGGCCGCCGCGCAUGCCGCGUGCUGAGGCCGGCAAGACAGCCAAGUCCGUGGUGAUGGAGUACUGCCAGGCCCUGAAGCGCACCAAGCCCAAGGUGGUGGUGAAGCAGACGGGCCCACAGGAGGCGAGCACGUUCACGGCCUACUGCCGGGUGGACUGGUUUGACCAACCCAUUGUCUUCCAGGGCACAGACAAGCGCAAGAAGGACGCGGAGCACCGGGCCAUGGAGCAGAUUGUCACGUACAUGCUGGACACGGGCAUCAUCUCGGCAGAGACGGGCCGGGCGCCGCCGCGCAGACCAGUCGACGUGGCUCCGCACCUGCAGCUGGAUGCAACAACACGCCACAUGCUGCAGGGUGCCGUGGACAGGGUUGAGGCUGCCCUGCUUGCCGCCGCCCCACUGCCGCCACCCGCGAUGCCCACAGAGCCGUCGACAACGACCGCCAUGGAAGCAACAGGAGGCGCCGGCACAGCAGCUGCUGGCGACAGGGCCGCACUCGGAGGCCGUGGUCGUGGUGGCCGCCGCAGUGGUGGCAAUGGUGGUAAUGGUGAUGAUGAUGAUGAAGGGUUGCACUUGCUUGGACAGGAGCAGGUGGAGGCGCCGGCGUACCUCACGCGCGACCUGCCUGCGUACAACCACCGCCUGGAGAUUCUUGGGGCCCUCGCACAGGCCAACGCCGUGGUGGUGGCCGGCAGCACGGGCACGGGCAAGACGACGCAGAUCCCGCAGUACCUGCUGGAGGACUUCAAGCGCACGCACGGCGAGCACCGUUCGUGCCGCAUUGUUGUGGCGCAGCCGCGCAAGAUCAGCGCCAUCUCCGUUGCGGAGCGCAUUGCACAGGAGCGCGGGGAGCGGCUGGGCGAGAGCGUGGGCUUCCAAGUCCGCCUGCAGAAGAUGAUGCCGACUGCACCGCAGUGCAUUGUGCUGUGCACGACGGCGAUUGCGCUCAAGUACCUGGACAACCCGGACAUGCUCGAGGACAUGACGCACCUGGUGAUUGACGAGGCGCACGAGCGGUCGAUUGAGAGCGACCUGCUGCUGGCCCUGGCCCGCUCCAAGCUGGGCAGGCUGCCCCACUUCAAGGUGGUGGUGAUGAGCGCAACCAUCCAGGAGCACCUCUUCGCCGACUACUUUGACCGCUGCCGCAUCGUUGAGAUUGAGUCCCGCAUGUACCCCGUACGCGAGGUGUUUCUGGAGGACCUGCGGCUGAUACCACGGCCGGAGCGGCUGGAGAUGAGCACGAGCAGGCCGCCCACCAACUUCCAGACGUACCCGACGACCGCGGGCGACGUUGAUGCGAUGGAGGGGCACCCGGACCUGUGGUGCGCCGCGCUCAGCAUUGCCCUGCAGGACGUGCGCGAGGGCAGCGUGCUCAUGUUCUUCUCCGGCUGGAAGGAGAUGCAGCGGGUGCGCGAUGAGAUUAUGAAGCGCCCGAACCUGCACCACUGCCGCGUGUGCUGUCUGCACUCGUCCAUGACCAACCAGGAGCAGAUGCUGGCCUUCCGGCCCGUCCCGCUGCCGGAGCGCAAGGUGGUGCUGGCGACGAACAUUGCGGAGACGUCCAUCACCAUUGAGGACGUGACGGUGGUCAUUGACAGCGGCAAGGAGAAGACGAAGCGCUUUGACGUCAUGACCAAGUCCUUCUCGCUCACCCCGCACUGGAUCUCCAAGACGAGCGCGGUGCAGCGCAUUGGCCGCGCCGGACGUGUGCGCGAGGGCCUGUGUUACCGCAUGUUCACGCGCACGCAGUUUGAGCAGAUGGAGGACCACGCCAAGCCCGAGAUUCGGCGCCUGCCGCUGGAGAACUUGGUGCUGCAGGUGAAGGUGCUGGUGCCGCACGAGCACGUGCAGGCGUUUAUUGGCCGGCUGAUUGAGCCGCCGCACCCGCGCAAGGCGCAUGACGCAAUCUCCAACCUGGUGCGCAUGCGAGCGAUGGAGGAGGACGGCGAGACGCUGACGCCGCUCGGGCAGUGUAUGGCGCGCCUGCCGCUGGAUGCGCAGUUUGGAAAGCUGCUGUGUCUGGCGCGUGUGUUUGGCUGCCAGGAACCUGUGCUGAGCAUUGCCGCUGCCAUGAGCGUCAAGGACCCCUUUCUCAAGACGGACCAGACCUCCGCCCACCACGGCCCGCCUCGGCACGGGGUUGGGCCUGGCGGUCCUGGCGGUCCUGGCGGUCCUGGCGGUCCUGGCGGUGCGAUGCUUGACGAGCCACCGCGUCGUGCGUUUGGCCGGCGGUUCUGCAGCGACAGCGUUGCGCUGGCGGAGGCGUUUGACCAGUUUCUCUCUGCGCGCGUGCCGUAUGAAUUUUGCAGGGCGUUCAACAUCUCGUACACGGGGAUGCGCCAGAUUGACAGCAUCCGGGACCAGCUGCGUUCGUACAUGGCCAGCACCACCAUCGAGGCCCUGCUUCCGCCCCGUCCACUCAGCGCAGGCGACAACAACGGCAACAGCGGCGGCGGCAGUGAUGGUGGUGGUGGUGGCGGUCAGCGAGCACAGCUGAUGGCGAUUGUCAAGGCGUGUCUCUGCGCAGCCCUCUACCCAAAGGUGGCCAGGAUUCCACGCGGCCCAAACGGCGAGCGCAUCAAGACGCGCAAAGUGCUUGAGUGCAGCACGGGCUACCCGAGCACGACGCUCAUCCACCCGUCCUCCACCAACAACAAGAUGGUCCUGCCAACAGACUUUCUCGUCUACCUCGAGCAGGUUGAGACGUCGGCCAAGUUUGUUCGCGACACAACAUGCGUCUCGUUGCUGACAAUGGCGCUGUUUGCGGGCAACCACAUGCACCCCGUGACGGUCAACUCGAGCGCGGAGGACAUGCCGGUCUUCUUCAACUUUGACAACAACACGGCCAUCAUGAUGUCGGCGAGUGCCGCGGAUUUCAAACUGGUGCACAAGGCGCGCAUCAUUGUGGACCGGCUGCUUAUGCGCAUGCUGUCGCCGGACUACGAGUGCUCGCAGGAGCUGCGCGCUUCGUUCCAGGAGUACCUCAACGUCCUCGCCAACAUCCUCGACCUGCCAGAGCCGGCCAGUCCUCCCAAGCGCCAACAGCCGGAGAGGGCACCACAGCGCCACUCUCAGCCACCGCCGCCGCCCCACCACCAUCAGCAGCAGCAGCAGCACUACCAGCCGCCUCCGCCCCCGCAACACCUGCCCCUGCACGCCCCUGCCCCACCACCGCAAUACCAGCAGCAGCAGCAGCAGCAGCAGCAUCAGGCGUAUGGUGCGCCGUAUCAGGCGAAACACGAGCCGCCCCCGCACGGGUACCACCACAUCAGGCGCUCACCGCCGUACGCCCCGCACCCCGAGUCACCUCACCAGGUGUAG